UGGGAAGGAUUUUGAGUUUGUUGACAGCGGACACGUGUUGAGAGGAGGCGGCGGCGGCGGAGAAGACUUAUUUUAACUCAUUUUAGUGUUGUCCUCACCUGUGUUGCACCUUCCUCACUCUUCCUGUAGUGUUAAUGUUGUGAGAUAUAUCCUUGGCUGUGAGUGACGGGACAGGUCAAGGAGCAACCAACCAUGAACAGUCUCGUCAAGAAACUCGGCAGCUGUGAACUAGCCAGGGACCAGCUCAUGACCCUGCUGGAACCACACCUCGCCAAAAAGCACAAGAACACAGCGCUGCCCUGGGUGGAGGUGGCCAAGCGUCUCCUGACCAGGGCUGCCGAUGAGGGGUCAGACGUGCUGCUGAAAAAUGCCUCCACUGUGAUAAAGAUGCACUUGGAUGGGGCGGUGCGGCGAGGGCUGAGGGACCCCGGCCAGCUGAGCCACAAGUACUCAGAUGCCCUCAACAGCCUCCUCAGCCACCUGCACCUCACCCUGGAGGACACCUUGCAUAGGAAUCUGCCGACAGUGGAGAUGCACAGCCUCUCAUCCCUGAUCCUUGCGGCCAUAAUAGACAUGAGCAUCGCAGCGCACAAGAAGGGAGAGGAGUCGUCAGUCAUCAGCAAGAUCUACAUGAAACUCACCCUGGUCUUUGGCCAUUUCCAGGAGCAGCUUCUCGACACUCUCCUCCACUGCAGGACGCUGAUCCACCCCGGCUCCCGGCAGCCUGUCAUACUAGUGCCUUUGAUCAAACGUCUGUUUUCCACAAUGAAGUGUCAGAAAUCCAUGAGUCCGACGCUCUACCUCAAGUACUUACUGCUUGGCAAAUUGUGGCUCUUCAUGACGGAGAAGAAGGAGCUCGGCCAGACGCGUACCUACAUAGCCAAGGUGCUGAGGGUUCCCAAUGGCCUGGCUGAGUGGGCUGAGGGCAGAGAUGUUCCCUGGCUGGCCCUUCUGCAGCUCAGCACACGACUCAUCUUGAAGAAAAUGACCCUGGCUGGAGCACUUGAGACUUUCUACGGGACGCACAAGGACAUUUCCCAAAGCUGUGACAAACUGGAGAAGAGAAAGAAGAAGAAGAACAAGAACAAGACCACUGCAGCUUCUGUGAAAACAAAACCUGGCCCUUCCAAACCAUCUCAAACCAGGACAGAGGGAAGGAAGGUGACUGAAGCGCAUCUGAAGCCAUCACCAUCAACGGACGAGAAUGACAAGGAGGCGGAGAAGAAGGUGAAGGCAGGGAACAUGAGCGGCACAUCGGUUACGGAAAAUGACAAGCACCUCAACCUCUUGGAUUUGAAGCUGGAAAAUGAGGAAGAUGAGGAGAUGAAAGCUGAGAAAAUGAGUGAGACAAUUGAUAAGGGAGAUAAUGAAAGCCUAUAUAUGAAGGUUGAAAGUGAGGAAGAUGAGGGGAUGAAAGCAGAGAAAAUGAGUGACACAGUUGAUGAAGAUGAGAGCUUUGAUUUGAGGUUAGAAAGUGAUGAUGAAGAUGAGGAGGAAGAAGAUGAAUUAAAAACAAGGAAAUCAAAUGGUAUAGAUGACACAGAAUAUGACGUAACCUUUAGUGCCUCAGAAUUUAAACUGGAAAGUGACGAAGAUGAAGAAGAAGAAAAGAUGAAGAAAGGAAAGAAAAUGAGUGAAACGAAACAAGAAAAUGACAAAAAUGAGGAACAAAAAGUGAAGAAAAUCAAAAAUAUAACUCACGCAACUGUCACAGAAGAUAAGGACUUCAAUGCCUUCCUCUUAGACCCAUACCAAAAAAAGGAUAUGAAAAAGACCCCCAGAAACCAUACAUCCGAGGAAGAUGGAGUUUUGCCGAAGAGCGAACGGACGAAAGAAAACGGGAGAGGGGAAACUAAAGGAAAGACAGAGGCAGCUUUGGAGGAGAAGGAAAGAAAAAGGAAAACUCAAAACCACAUGCUAGAAGAGGAGGUUAGAGGAAGCAGUGAAGAGAUACCAACCCAGAAGAGGAAGAAGAGGAAAUGCAAAGCUAAAUUGGGGGAGGAAAUAGACUGCGGAGAGACUGAGAAGGGAGAGGAGAGUUUGAGUAAGGAAGAAUUAGAGGAAGAUAAAAUGGAGGCUCUUGACACGGAAAAGGAAACAAGGAAAGGUGCCAAAAGUCUUAGUAAGGAAAAACUACACAAAACUAGCCUUGAAACUUCUGAAAAUGACCACAAGGAAAAUAAGAAACUAGCCAAAAGUGUUAGUAAGGAAAAACUGAACAAAACUAGCCUUGAAACUUCUGAAAAUGACCACAAGGAAAUUAAGAAAAAUGCCAGAAGUCUUAGUAAGGAAAAACUACAUAAAACUAGCCUUGAAACUUCUGAAAAUGACCACAAGGAAAAGAAGAAACUAGCCAAAGAUGUUAAUAAGAAAAAACUGAAUGAAACGGAAGUGGAAAUGCUUGAAACGGACUAUGAGGGAACUGAGAACGGACCCAAAAAUAUAAAUAAAGAAACCCGUGAUAAAACAAAAUCUAAACCUCUUCUUACAAGCCACAAGGAAUCCAAGACCACUACAACCCAAAGAAUCAGUAAAACAGCAUCUAAUUCCUCAUCUAAGCCAACACAAGCUACAGAAUUUGUGACAGAAUCCUUCACCAUUACCAACUCCAUUCAUGAACCAGAGGAAUCGGAUCUCCCACACAACAGGUUCAGAUCCCACAAGAGACUCCGAGACCUUACCCAAGACCAAGGCAGCUCACGAGGAAAGAGGAUCAGGAGACAGAAGGAGGAUCAGACUGUUGAAUCCUCUUACAGACUCUCCUUUGAAACAGAAGAAGGUGAAGAUGAUGAAGAAGUGGAUCAAGAAGAAGAAGAAGAAAAUGAACAAGAAGAGGAAGAUGGAGGAUUAAAAUUAGAAGGGAAAGGAAGGAGAACACCAACACCAAGACUCCGCAAGCUACUGAAAAGACUUAAGAGAAUCAGAAAAAACAGCAUGACUUUCACGGUAACCGACCUAAAUUCUGAACCAAGGGAAAAUCCACUUCACAAGGCGUUUGCAAAUGACACUGAGAAGGAGCGACAAGGUUGGGAAGCCGAGAUCAUCCCACCGACUAAUGCAAGAGUUCUCAUCACUGGAAAGAAAGUAACCAAGAAGAGUCUGAGAAAGGAGGUUAAAAUCACCCAUAACAAGAAAGAAAAUGGAAAAGCCGCCAUCAGAAGAGCGGAAACGGAAACUCAAGACAUUGUUAAAAGAAGGAAAGACUUAGAAAUUGAUGGCACAGAACAGGAGCAGCUUAAUGAUGGUGGUGUUAGUGAUAAAUUGAAUACCUUGAGGUUUGAUAAGCCCGGCGGCAGCUCGGAAAACGCUAGCGACUCUGACAUAAGUGAUGGUGAAGAGGUGUUAGAAGAUGCAGCUUGGGGUCGGCAACUAGAGGAAGAAGGUGCGGAAGUUAGUGAGGCAAGUGAAGAUGAAGUUACUGAUGAAAGUGAAGAAGUUGGAGAGGAAAGUGACGAAGAUGAAGUUACUGAGGAAAAUGCAAGAUGGAAAAGAUUUAUUGAGGAAAGUGCAGAAGAAGUUAGUGAUGAAAGUGAAUGGGUUACGGAUGAAAGUGAAGAAGUUACUGAGGAAAGUGACGAAGAUGAAGUUAUUAAUGAAAGUGCGAGAAGGAAAGGAUUUGUUGAGGAAAGUGCAGAUGAAGUUAGCGAUGAAAGUGAAGGAGAUAUUGACGGGAGUGCAAACAAUGAAGAAGUUAUCGAAGAGGAAAGUGAAGAUGAUCAAGAAGUUACGGACGAGAGUGGAAGCGAGGAAAGCUUAGAAGAUGAAGUUACGAGAGAAAGCACAGAAGUUAUCGAAGAAAGCCCCAGUAAGGAAGAAGAAUUUACCAAGGAAAUUACAGCCAUAAAAAGACUCACACCCAUCCUCGCCAAAACUAAGAAACUGGACCCAAACAACAAAACCACCAUCGUGAAAACAGACAGAGAAGACGAAAUGACUGAAACAAUUCUCGAUGUCAGCUUGGAAAGGACGAUUGAACUCAACUCGAGCGGCCCGGACGAGAGUGACGAGUGUUCGAUCGUAGCCAAAGAAAACGUAAGUCGGAAGGGCGCAAAUCGAGGGGCACUUAACCAAACUCAGGACUCCAAAGAAAACGUAAGCCAGAAUGCGAAACGAGGGAGACUUAACCAAAUGCAAGACUCCAGAGAAAAUACCAGUUCAAAAGGGAGACUUAACCAAAUGCAAGACUCCACAGAAAACAUCAACCAGAGCUCAUUACAAGGCAGACUCAAGCAAUCCCAGAAUUCCACAGAAAACGUCAGUUCAGGAAGGAGACGAAACCAAUCACAGGAGUCCACAGAAAACCCAAACCAGAGCUCAUUACAAGGGAAACUCAACCAAAAACAAGACUCCAGGAUAUCACACCAAGGCCCUCACUCUAUUAUGGCCACCAACUCGGACUCGGAAGUUGAGAUCGUGUUAGAUGAAGUGACGGCAGUGGCGGGUCCAGGGCAUCGACAGACUGGGGCGAAGGAAGAAGGAGAGGAGAUGUGGAGAAGGCUUGAAAGGCUACUGGAGGAGGAUGACAAGGUGCAUAAGAAAUGGAAUGAAAGGAACCUCAAGAAACAGAAGGAAAGGGACCUCAAGAAACAAGAAGAAGAAGAAUUAAAGAAACAGAAGGAAAAGGAACUAGAAAAACAGGAUGAAAAGGAACUAGAAAAACAGAAGGAAAAGGACCUCUAUACUGGGAUGAAGGGAAGAGAGGAGAUGCUGAAGAAAUGGAAUGAAAUGAACCUCAAGAAACAAAAUGAAGAAGAAAUAAAGAAACAGAAUGAAAUGGAACUUGAAAAACAGGGUGGAAAGGACCUCAAAAAACAUAAGAAGAAUAAACAACCAUCCAGCAUCAUUGAGAAGCCUAAACAGAGCAUGAAAAUUGAGAAAAACACCAAGAACAUAGCCGACACGACCCCGGAUCCCAUCUCAAGAAUGUUCAAUAACUUAUACAAAACCAAGAAGCAGGAAAACAACCCCAACCCAAAAGGAGAAUUCAACGCCAAAAACAAAGAUUCAAAACUCCACAACGAGACUCCUGCACUACCAAAGGACUCCGCCAGUGACCUCAAGGAGCCCGAUGAUGACGACGAUGAUUCUGUGCAAGCCUUGGAGUGCGAGGACGAGAUUGAGUCAGUCCUUGAGAAUAUUUUGAAGGACACGGGACGGGUUGCCAGCAUUGAGGGGCUGAGGGAACAGCUGCUGAGUGAGGCGAGUGCGAAGGAAGGAGAAAGGGAAAACGGCCAUGAUGAAGGAGGAGAAGGGAAGGAAGAUGAAGGAGAGAAGGAAACUGCAAAUGUAGAAGAGGAAGAAGGAGAGGGAAUAAUUGAAAAGGACAAUGAUGAAGGAAUGAAGGAAGGGGUAGAUUAUGAAGCGGAGAAAGAAGAUAAAGAAAUGAAGGAAAAUGGCGAUGAUGAAGGAGGAGAAGGGAAGGAAAAUGAAGGAGAAGAAGAGGAAGAAAGUGAAGGAGUGGAGGAGGAAGGUGAAGAAAUAAAAGAAAGUGCAAUUGAUAAUGAAGUUGAGAAAGAAAAUGAAGUUAGAGAAAAAGAAAACCAGAUAGAAGAGAAAAAUGAUGAAGGAAUAAGGGAAGUGGCUAACAAAGAAGAAGGGGAAGACGAGGAAGGAAUGAAGGAAAAUGUGAAUGAAGAAGAAAAGAAGGAAGAAGAAGAAAUCAAGAAAAUCACCAAUCAGAAAGAAGACAAAGAACUAAGAGAAAACAAAAAUAAAGAAGAGGAGGAAGAAGAAGAAGAAAAACUCGCAGAUGACAUUGACGGCAAAGAUGAAGCGGAAACUGAAGAAGAAACAGCUGAUAAGAAGGAGGAAGAGAAAGACAUAGAAAUCAGUAAUAUAGAAGACCUUAAUGAGGAGGAGGAAGAACAGGGGACCCAAAAAGAAGAAGAAAAACUAAUGGUUGACGUUGAUGGCAAAGAUGAAGCGGAAACUGAAGAAGAAACAGCUGAUAAGAAGGAGGAAGAGAAAGACACAGAAAUCAGUAAUAUAGAAGACCUUGAUGAUAAUGAUGAAGAACAGGGGACCCAAAACCUUAGUGCAAUGUCUCCCCAUACAAACUUAGGCACUGAAGGCAAGGGAAAUGAUCUACUCUCUUGCAAUAGGGAGAGAGAUCAAGCCCCAGAAAUCAGUAAUAUAGAAGUCCUUGAUAAUGAAGAACAGGGGACCCAGAAUCUUAGUGCAAUGUCUCCCCAUACAAACUUAAGCACUGACAGCAAGGGAAAUGACUCACACUCUUGCAAUGGGGUGGAAAAGGAAGAUCUAACCCCUCCUAAGACAUCAGAAACUACCACUGUAAACAAAAGCACAUCAGAAAGCCCACUAAAAACAUCACGAGUGCGGACCUCCAACGGAAAUGACUUGACAAUGUUACCAGCUCCAAAUGGCUUGUCGGAGAGAGAUGAGAGAGAUGACACCGGGCUUGGGAUGGUAACACUGGACUUAGAGCAUCACUUAACAGCCACUGACAACUUGGCGAGAGAUGACGAGAGUGAACCUAAACUUGAGAUCGUAGCAGAGAACUUGGAGAAUCAAUUACCAGCUACGAACAACUUGGGGAGAGAUAUCGAAACCAAACCUGAACUUGAUAUCGUAACAAAGAACUCGGACGAAACAACACCAACUCGAAACACCUCCAUAAGCAACAUCGGCAAUCUCGGAGGCAACGAAAACAACACAGAACAGGACUUGACGAUGGACGAAUCCCUCGAAAAAUCGCUCGACGGCGCUGACGAGGCUUACGAGGCGAGCAGUGACGCUUCGGAGGACCCAGCACCGAGGACGCGUAGAAGAAGUCGCUCCCUACGAAAGUCCGCCCAUUUGGACCCCCAGACAGCCUCGGACUCAGACUCCUCCCCUGUUAGAGUGUUCUGCCUAAGGUCUGGUGCGCUGGACUCGGCCGGACCCCAAAGAUUAAGACGCAAAAGGGGUCAGAGUUGUCCUGUAGAAGUGGAUACAGGAGCAGGAGAAUUAAAAAUGGAUACAGGAGCAGGAGAAUUAAAAAUGGAUACAGGAGCAGGAGAAUUAAAAAUGGAUACAGGAGCAGGAGAAUUUAAAGUGGAUACAGAAGCAAGAGAAUCAGAAGUGGAUACAGAAGCAGGAGAAUUAAAAAUGGAUACAGAAGAUGAAGGAUUAAAGGAAAGUGUGAAUGAUGAAGGAGUGAGAGAAAGUGGAUAUCAAGAAGAAAAGAAGGAAGAAGAAGAAGGAAUCAAGGAAUCAACAAAUGAGGAACCAGGCAAAAAACAGCUUGAAAAAUGUGAUUAUACCGAGACUGAGACUAAUCUUGCCUCGCCGAACGGACAUCAACGGCAAGACAAACACGAGGGAAUCGACCAAAACAAACACAAACAGCCGAUUCAAAAACACUUGGAAAAUCAUAAUGCUGAGACCCAUGCUGAAGUUAGUCUCCCAAACAGCAUAACUCAGCAUGAAAACACUACCAAGGAGACUCAGAGUGAUGCUGAAAUUGAUCUCCCAAGCAUAACUCAGCAUGAAAACACUACCAAGGAGACUCACAGUGAUGCUGAAAUUGAUCUCCCAAGCAUAACUCAGCAUGGAAACACUACCAAGCAGACUCAGAGUGAUGCUGAAGCUGAUCUGUCAAGCAUAACUCAGCAUGGAAACACUACCAAGGAGACUCAGAACCAUGCUGAAAUUGAUCUCCCAAGCAUAACUCAGCAUGGAAACACUACCAAGGAGACUCAGAACCAUGCUGAAAUUGAUCUCCCAAGCAUAACUCAGCAUGGAAACACUACCAAGGAGACUCAGAGUGAUGCUGAAAUUGAUCUCCCAAGCAUAACUCAGCAUGGAAACACUACCAAGGAGACUCAGAGUGAUGCUGAAAUUGAUCUCCCAAGCAUAACUCAGCAUGGAAACACUACCAAGGAGACUCAGAGUGAUGCUGAAAUUGAUCUCCCAAGCAUAACGCAGCAUGAAAACUCCACCGAAGACACUCGUACUAAUGCUGAACUCCACCAAAGCAGCUCCCAGCAUGACGCACUUAGCAACCAAAACUCCGCCACAGAAAACUCCGAAGCGACCGAAGACGAAAUCACGGAGGAGUUUUUCGAGGGCGAGGAAAUGGAGGUCUUGUCCACGUCGGGUCUUGAGGAGGAGGAGGAGGAAGAAGAGGAAGAGGAGGAGGAGGAAUCGCGACACACCGCAUCUAAAACCCUAAACAACAAUGACGACAGUUCGAGAAAGCCGAAAAAACAGGAAAUUCUCAUCUCGAAAAAGUCGCUUCGGUCGCAUAUCCGUCAGCUGUACCGCGGAAGUGACAAGGAUAAGGAGGCGAGCACUGAGGCAGGGAGUAGAAGGGUCAUCCAAGUGCCGGUCGUCAAGGUGCAGCGCCUCUCUGAAGUGGCACUCACCAAGGAGGUUUUAAUAAGCCCGGACGUAAGCGAUGAGGAGUGUGAAUUAGUCUCUCCAGGAAUCGACUUUCAGAAUGCCAAAUGCCCUCAAGAAGAAGGACAUUUAAAGGGUGUGGUUGACGAAAAGCAUAGUGACUCCUCCUCUUCCUCCUCCUCCUCCUCUUCAUGUGUUGGAAGUCUCGGUAUGAAGAAGAGUGUAGGGAGGAUUAACUCACCUCAAAAAACUAUACCAGAGGAGCAGGACGAGAGCACUCUACCUAGACACAGUGAUUUGGGGAAGUCGCUCAAGCUGCCCUCGGUAAAGACAGAGAAAGGCGCAGAUGAUUUGCCUACGUCUCUACCCAUGCAAGCGACGCCCCAGAAGAUUAUGCAAGAGGAACAAGAUGAGAGCAUUGCAGCGAGAGAGACAAGCGAGAAUUUGCCCAGAAGUUCGUCAGUGAAGAAAGGAAAAAGCUCAAAUAAUUCUCCUUCUCUGUCUAUAAAAACGACACCCCAAAAAAUUAUGCAAGAGGAGCAAGAUGAAAGCAUUGCAGCAAGAGAGACAGUUGAGAUUAUGCCCCGAAGUUCAUCGGUGAGAAAAGGAAAAAACUCAAGCAGUUCCUCUCCUUCUUUGUCCAUGGUAGCAACGCCCAAAAAAAUUAUGCAAGAGGAACAAGGUGAAAGUAUUGCAUCAGGAAACAUAAGUGACAAUUUGACCAGAAGUUCAUCGGUGAAAAAAGGGAGAAACUCAAGCAGUUCCUCUCCUUUGUCCAUGGUAGCAACGCCCCAAAAAAUUAUGCAAGAGGAACAAGGUGAAAGCAUUGCAUCAGAAAACACUAGUGAGAAUUUGCCCAGAAGUUCAUCGGUGAGAAAAAGGAAAAAUUCAAACAAUUCUCCUUCUCUGUCUAUGCAAACGAUGGCCCAGAAACUCACGCAAGAAGAACAAGCUGAAAACACAGUCUCGGGCAAUGGAAAAAGUGAGAACUCGCCCAAAACAUCAGGCUCAAGUUCAAGCUCACCUUCCUUACCCACCCUAACCACACCAAAAGAGGAGGCCAAACCGACCUUACCAAGACCCAGGAGCGACGAAACACAUAAAUCCUCCACUAGAAAAUCCCAAAGCUCCCGAAAAUCCCUUACUCCACCUUCUUCCACCUCAACCACGGAAGAAGCGGACAAACCGACCUUACCAAGACCCAGGAGCGAGGAAACACAUAAAUCCUCCACUAGGAAAUCCAGAAGCUCCCUCACUCCACUUUCUUCCACCUCGACCAUGGAAGAAGCGGACAAACCGACCUUACCAAGACCCAGGAGCGAGGAAACACACAAAUCUUCCAAUAGAAAAUCCCAAAGCUCCCUCACUCCACUUUCUUCCACCUCAACCACAUCAGAAGCGUACAAACCGAGUGAGGAAUUGCACAAAACCUCCACUCGAAAAUCCCGCAGUUCCCUCACUCCACCCUCUUCCACCUCAACCACAUUAGAAGUGGAGAAACCGACCUUCCCGACAACCAGAAGCGAGGAUUUACAGAAGUCUUCCAUCACUAGAAAGCCCCGAAACUCCACCACUCCUCCCUUGCCAACCUCCAAGAGCCUUCCAGUUAGGAGAAUGCAUACAAGAAAGUCCUCCAAGGGUACGUCAAGCGAUGGGUCACCUAGCCCACCACAGACCACAGACACAUUACACCCCACAAAAAGACCCUCAAAGACCCCAAAGGCUUCAACCAGCGCCACCCCAGAGGAACCGUCAGCUGUCUCAGGGUCUCGUCAUGCAGUGAAAGCCUCAAUUAAGCCUUCAGACGCAACGCAGGGCUCGAAAAAGGAAGACAGUGUUGCCGACCUGGUGGAGAACUUAGGGAGCCAUCUGGUUAUCAGUGACACAAGCCCGGGAGAUAAGGAGACACAGUUGGACCAUGUAAAGACCAGUGGAGAUUCUGUACAAGGAGACGGUGAGUUGACGUUUGGAGAGAUGUUUAUGAAGCGCUUAGAGGAGCGAAUGGCUAAAGCUUCCACUAGGGACACGAUUGAUAGAGACCAGCUGGAAAAACGUCAAGGAAUCAAGUCGCAAAGGGAGGGAGAUGAGGAAGGAAAAGGAACCAGACCAUCGUUGUCGUUUGUGAGUGAAAAAGAAGAAGGAGAAAGAGAAGGCAAGUUGCAGAGUACGAAAAACAGCCUUAGAAAUUUCAGAAAGGAAGUUGGCAAAGGGGACAAGAAAGGAAAGAGAACCAGACUCUCGUUCUCGCUCCUGACUGAAGAAGAUGAAGAUGAAGAUGACUCGGUCUCCGGAAACCAACCUGGAAGAGAAACCAAGUCGCAGACCAUGAAAACAACUCCUGAAAGUGACGUAAAGGAAGAAAACGAAGGUGAAAUAAAGAGAAAGAGAACCAGACUGUUGUACCUGAGCGAAGAUGAUGAUGAUAAAGAUUCGGUCUCUAGAAACCAACCUGAACAGCAAGCCAAGUCACAGAGCAUGAAAACUACUCCUGGAAUUGACGUAAAGGAAGAAAACGAAGGUGAUAUAAAGAGAAAGAGAACCAGACUGUCAAACUUGAGUGAAGAAGAUGAAGAGGAGGAAGAUGUGGUCUCCGAAAACCAACCUGGAAGAGAAACCAAAUCACAGAGCACGAAAACAACUCUUGGAAGUGACGUAAAGGAAGAAAACGAAGGUGAUAUAAAGAGAAAGAGAACCAGACAUUCGUUCUCGCUCCUGAGUGAAGAAAAUGAAGAGGAGGAAGAUUCGGUCUCCGGAAACCAACAACCUGGAAGAGAAACCAAAUCACAGAGCAUGGAAACUAGUCUUGAAAAUGACGCAAAGGAGGAAAACGAAGGUGAAAUAAAGAGAAAGAGAACCAGACUGUCAAACCUGAGCGAAGAAGAUGAAGAUUCGGUCUCUGGAAACCAACCUGGAAGAGAAACCAAGUCGCAGAGCAUGAAAACUACUCCUGGAAGUGACGGAAAGGAAGAAAACGAAGGCGAAACAAAAAGAAAACAAACUAGGCUGUUGUACCUUAGUGAAGAAGGGGAGGAUUCAGUCUCUCAUCCAUCUCCUUCGUCUCCACUGUCAUCAUCGUCACUGUCGUCACUGUCACAGCCGUUAACUGCCGUCAGAAGAAGCUCCAGACUGCUGCAGCGUACCAAUUACGGGUCAUCGGCAUCAUCAAAUACGGGCUCGUGGCACCCAGACAGCUCCGCCAGCGUGUCGUCGGAGAGUGAGGAGGUGGAGGUGGAGGUGACUCGCAGGCGCACCACACCCAGCACACCCUCAGGCCACAGGAGGAGGAGUUUACGCACCUCCGCAACCCCUCAGAAGACGUACGGCAAGGGGGACUGAGGAAAAAAUAACAUUGUCCCUCGGAAACCAUGCAAGAUUGAAGACUGUCCCUCGGAAACCAUGCAAGAUUGAAGACUGUCCCUCGGAAACCAUGCAAGAUUGAAGACUGUCCCUCGGAAACCAUGCAAGAUUGAACACUGUCCCUCUCAAAGCCCUGGAAGAUUGAACACUGUCCCUCUCAAAGCCCUGGAAGAUUGAACACUGUCCCUCUCAAAGCCCUGCAAGAUUGAAGACUGUCCCUCAGAAACCAUGCAAGAUUGAAGACUGUCCCUUUCAAAGCCCUGCAAGAUUGAACACUGUCCCUCUCAAAGCCCUGCAAGAUUGAACACUGUCCCUCUCAAAGCCCUGCAAGAUUGAACACUGUCCCUCUCAAAGCCCUGCAAGAUUGAACACUGUCCCUCUCAAAGCCCUGCAAGAUUGAAGACUGUCCCUCUCAAAGCCCUGCAAGAUUGAAGACUGUCCCUCUCAAAGCCCUGCAAGAUUGAACACUGUCCCUCUCAAAGCCCUGCAAGAUUGAACACUGUCCCUCUCAAAGCCCUGCAAGAUUGAACACUGUCCCUCUCAAAGCCCUGCAAGAUUGAACACUGUCCCUCUCAAAGCCCUGCAAGAUUGAACACUGUCCCUCUCAAAACCCUACAAGAUUAAUACACAUACUUGCAGAUGGUCAGUUGCUAGCGUGAUAUCAUUUAUAUUUUUCAACUUAGUGACAGUUUUGCAUAAGUCUCAUUUGCUUAAGACUACAAUCUCUUAAAUGUGGUUGGAUGUGAACUGAUGUUUUUUUCAUGUUUUGUAAUCUUAAUGGUGAGAUUUUUUUUUUUUCUUUUUUUUGGGGAAGUUCUUAAUGUCAGUUUAGUUUGACCUCAGAUUUUUUUGUCUUCUAAGUUUAUGAUGGAGGAUUAUUUUGCCGUCGAAAUUACUUUUUUUUUUUCUGCUCCUGAUGAGAGACUGUCAUGCCGUCGAGAUCAUUUUUAUGCUGUUCUAACUUCAUAUUGGUGUUAUAGAUACUGUCAAUACGCCCCUUGCCAGUCAUGUGGGAAGCUGUAUUUUUAUAUAUAUGUGAAAUAAAAUUUACACUCUAUGGCUGAAUUUCAAUAAAGAAUUUGUAAAUUU